AUGGGAGCUGGUCGUAAGCUGAAGUCCCACCGCAGAAGGCAAAGGUGGGCUGACAAGGCAUACAAGAAAUCCAACCUUGGUAAUGAGUGGAAGAAACCAUUUGCUGGGUCUUCCCAUGCUAAGGGAAUUGUCCUUGAAAAGAUUGGUAUUGAGGCUAAACAGCCAAACUCUGCUAUCCGAAAAUGUGCUCGUGUUCAGCUGAUUAAGAAUGGGAAAAAGAUUGCUGCCUUUGUACCCAAUGAUGGUUGCUUAAACUACAUCGAGGAAAAUGAUGAAGUGUUGAUUGCUGGAUUUGGACGAAAGGGACAUGCUGUGGGAGAUAUUCCUGGAGUCAGGUUCAAGGUGGUGAAGGUGUCUGGUGUAUCCCUUCUUGCUCUCUUUAAAGAGAAGAAGGAAAAGCCAAGGUCUUAA